AUGUCCGAGGAGUGCCGUUUGCUGCAAGAGGCCGCCACAACUGUGCGGCUUAUACUCCGAACAGGAGUUUUCCGUUUCCUUCCACAUGUCCAUGUUGCGGAGAAGCAGCUGAAUGCCAUCGCGAGCAAACUCGACGAGGUCACCGACCUCCUGAGCCCGCACAACAUGUUCUGGCGGUUUGGUCGGGAUCAGCCCAUGAAGCAGCUGCUGGAGACGCCCCUUCUGCAGCUGGCAGCCAGUAGCGAAGUCAUCGUGCCCGUGACAGCGGGCAUGACCUCGGAGCUCGGAGAGGGCCUCGUGGCGCGCUUUUUGGUGUCCGGCACUGAUGCCAGCAAGAGUCGCUACCGCGAGUUUUCCUCUGGAAUUCUUGACAGUGUGCAGCGCGAGCUGCUGAUGAUGAGACUCGAGUGGCUGUUCCACUCAACCUGGGACUUGCCGCUGACGUGGGGCGAUGGCCUGGAUGAUAU